UCCCCCAUCCAUCACAAGAUCCACAGGCACAGACAGCGGUCGCCGAACUCGAAACGCAAGGAAACCAACACAAAGCUGCAGCCGCUCCCACGCCUCGCUUCUGCUGCUGCUGCUUCCGCUACAGAGAGAAACCGCACCCAUUUCUAGCGGAAAUCGCCCUCGACCUGCUUCGAGAUCGCCGGCCGGGGCCCCGUGCUCGGUUCGGGGAGGGCGGGGGAGCGGCGCGAGAAUCCAGGCUUCUUCUCCGGCCAUAGCCGGGGCCGUUUGAGCUCUGCAAGUGCGAGGCGGAGGCAGCGAUGGCGGCCGCGUCCAGGAAGGAGGAGGAGAGGAACGAGCGGGUCGUGCGGGGGCUCCUCAAGCUGCCGCCCAACCGCAGAUGCGUCAACUGCAACGGCCUCGGGCCGCAGUACGUGUGCACGAGCUUCUGGACCUUCGUCUGCAUCUCCUGCAGCGGCAUCCACCGUGAGUUCACGCACCGAGUGAAAUCUGUCUCCAUGUCCAAGUUCAGCACACAAGAGGUCGAGGCUCUCCAGAAGGGUGGGAACCAGCGAGCCAGGGAAUCAUUCUUGAAGGAUUUUGAUACCCAGAAAAUGAGGCUACCUGAUAGCAGCAACAUUGACAGUCUUAGGGAAUUCAUAAAAGCUGUUUAUGUGGAGAGGAGGUAUACUGGUGGGAGAUUUUCUGAAAGGCCUCCCAGAGUUAAUCAGAACCAAAAGGCACAUGAAGAAGAACAUAGAAGGGCAAGCUCCUACCAUUCAUUUUCUCAGAGCCCACCUUAUGAUCACCAGUAUGAAGAUAGACGCAUUGGCAAACAAUCUGCAUUCCUAAGUAGGAAGCCUGGUUCAGAUCGGGGGCAUGACGGGAAGAUUUCUGGAUUUGCAUACCGUUCUCAUAGCCUGCAUGAGAGAAUGACUGAGGACGGAUUUGGUAGUGAGAGUUGUGGAUCGAGGACUUCUAACUGUUCAGGGUCAAGCAUGAGUGAUACGGUUAGAACUGCACCACAAUCACCAAAUUUUCUUGAUAAUGGGUGUUUCAGCCCACCUGUGCUACAAGAUCAAUCAAAAGUACAGAGUUUGUAUGGACUCACUACUUCACAGAGAACUGCAUCAGCAGGAAACAUGGAUUCAAUCUCUUUUAAAUCAGGCAAUUCAAGCUUGCCUGAUUUGAUUUUUGAGGACGAUAAUGUUUGCAGAACUCAGAAAUCCACGAACUCAGCCUUUUCUGAUGCUACAACUACAAAUACCGCAAAUCAAGAUCUCCUUAAUCCCACAGCUGUAAAGAAACAGCCAGUAACUAGAUUGGAUGAAUCUGUAGAUCUUUUCGCAAAUAUGCCUCCCACAACUACGUCUGCUGAUAAAGUGAUACCAGCAACUCAGUCAAUGGACAAUGCUGGGUGGGCUACAUUUGAUACACCUCCAGAAGAAAAGCAACCUGCAGUCACUGGGCUCUCUUAUGUUGCUGCAGCAGGCAACGGUAAACAGGCUCUGAGUCGUGAUUUAUUUUCAUUUGAGCCAAAUGAUCAAUCAACAUUGUUCCAUAUCUAUAAGGAAAAAGCUUCAGUUACCAAUCAGUUUACAGCUACAUCUCUUGAUACAAGGAGUUCUCAGGCUUGGAGUGUUUUUGAUGCCACCAAUGGUAGUACCCAAUACACUCUCCCGGGAGAUCUAUCACAAAUGACUACUAAAUCACAAGAGCCUAAAGGACCGAUGGACGAAAAUGGUUCUCAGCUCUGGCAUUCAUUUGAUGAUGUAAAUGGUGUCGUUGCUCAUUAUCCACCCUGUGCUCAGCCGCGAAGUGAUGAGCACAAAAAUGCUGUAAACUUUUCCCUUUCAACCAGCAAUCCAUUUACAUGCUCUGUAGCUUCAAAGGAUUCUCAUGAUGAUUUCCACAAAGUAUUCAUGGAUGAAUUAUCACCUAAUACACCUCAUGCUGCUUUCGCAGAACCAUCUCUGGGAGGAGCCUCUACUGAGCAGGUGCCAUUAAAUCCAUUUGAUCUUCCAUUUGACAAUGAUUCAGAGAUUCCUAAUCUGUUCAUGGACGUUAGUUCAUUGCAAGAGGCUUUGCCUAAUCCAGAUCUACCCGAUUUUCUUGAUGGUUUACCUGAAACUUGGUUUUCCAACAGUCCUUGUGCUUAUGUUCCAUCAGCAUCACAUGCCUACACAUGUUCAGGUGGACUACCAUGCCUUGUCGAGCAGGCCCCAAACUCUCCGCUGCGGAAUAUACCAGUGGGCGCUGUAUCAACUGGAAAUCCUUUUGCAUAGAGAAUGGUGACAGUGACACUAUUGUGCUUCUUGGACUUGGCAUGUUCCUUCAGUUCAGUGAACAAUGGUUGAGGACCCCGGAUGAAGCCGUCUUACUGGUGCACCGCGCAAGGUGAUUGGAGGAGAUGGAAACAUAUUUAGCUGACACCGGGAUUCAUUGAGGACUAUUUAGUGAAUAUAGGCUUCUAUAGGUGCAUGGAAUGUUUAUAUUCAUUCUCCAUUCAUGUACUCUUAACUGAAUUGACUGGUUCAUUGUUCCUGCCUGAUUCGAGGAGGAUUCAUAUCAGAAUUGUUCAGCCCGGGCAACCUUGCACAUUUCUCUUUCUGAUCACUUAAUCCAACAGUGGCAGAUCCAGAGCCG